CGGGGAGAGGGACAAUGUUCGUGUGUGCGAGGCUCCGGAAUGGUCUCUUGAGCUCGGUCAGACGAUACUUGCACACAACUACUGCAUACAAUGGAGCAGGCGGAGCUUCAUUUGUGCACAGAGAUACACCUGAAAACAAUCCGGACACCCCAUUUGAAUUCACUUCAGAAAAUUACAAGAGAAUUGAGGCUAUAAUUGGCAACUAUCCUGAAGGUCACAAAGCAGGAGCUGUAAUCCCUGUUCUUGACUUGGCACAGAGACAGCAUGGAUGGCUACCUAUAUCUGCUAUGAAUAAGGUUGCUGAAGUUUUAGAGAUGCCUGCCAUGCGUGUGUAUGAGGUGGCUACAUUCUACACUAUGUUCAACAGAAAACCAGUGGGGAAAUAUCACGUCCAGAUUUGUACGACAACACCUUGCAUGCUUUGCAACUCUGAUUCAAUAUUGGAAGCUAUUGAAAAGAAGCUAGGAAUACAUGUUGGAGAGACAACAUCUGAUAAAUUAUUUACACUGACGGAAGUUGAAUGUCUCGGUGCCUGUGUAAAUGCUCCAAUGGUGCAAAUAAACGAUAACUAUUAUGAGGAUCUAACACCAAAAGAUAUUGAAAAUAUUAUUGACGAGUUGAAAGCUGGCAAAGUGCCGACUCCAGGCCCAAGAAAUGGACGAUUUUCUUGUGAACCAGCAGGAGGCCUAACAUCUUUGACAGGGCCACCGAAAGGGCCUGGGUUUGGUGUGCGUGCAGACCUCUAAAGUGGCACUUUAGAUACUUACACAUGUCAAAAUAUCUCAAAUAAAAAAUUUAAAAUCAA